GCACGGGCCGCACUGCUCCCUGGGACUUGUAGUCCACCGUGACCGCGGCUGACAGUUUGGGAAUGGGGGAUUGAAACUCCAUCUCCCAGGGUGCAGCGGUCGGCAAAAAUUCUCCGCCCAUCAUGGUUAGCACAACUGGCUGGGUUGCAGUUGGAGUUUCUUUGUGACUCUUAGUCUCUUCAAGUCUUUGGUCCGUUUAGGUAUCCUAACGGGCGAUGACCAACACUGAUGGUGGUUCCCAAGGUGAUGAAGCUCCAGCAUCUCAUUGCAAUUGGUGUUUAUUUUUUCCUGUGGCAUCAGUGCAGCACGUGAAGAGGACCACGUGUUCUAGGGGCAAUUCUUUGAUAAAUAACUACCUUUAAAGAGUAAUUUGGGAAUGGAGGAAGACCAAAGGGAGGCAGUGGCAAGUCUGACACCCCUAGCAGUAUCUGCUGAUGAUCCACAGAACAUGUCAGAUGUUCAGCAAAACUUAUCAGAUGAAGAUGCUUUUAAACUUCUGUGGGAGAUGAAGAUGCGAAAAAGACAAGGGAAACCAAAUCUUCCAGACACAGUUACUGAACUUGGCACAGAAGAUGGCUGUAAAGUCUAUCUAGUUGGCACAGCCCAUUUCAGUGAGAGUAGUCGAAAAGAUGUUGUAAAGACUAUUCAAGAGGUACAGCCAGAUGUGGUGGUUGUGGAACUAUGUCAGUACAGAGUCUCCAUGCUCAAAAUGGAUGAAAAGACAUUAUUAAAGGAAGCCAGAGAAAUUAAUCUGGACAAGUUGCAACAAGCUAUAAAACAGAAUGGAGUAAUGUCUGGAUUAAUGCAAAUACUGCUGUUGAAGGUCUCUGCACACAUCACUGAACAGCUGGGCAUGGCCCCAGGUGGUGAAUUCAGGGAGGCCUUUAAAGAGGCUGGAAAAGUGCCUUUUUGUAAGUUUCAUCUUGGGGAUAGGCCCAUUCCCAUCACUUUUAAAAGGGCCAUUGCUGCACUUUCCAUCUGGCAAAAGGUUAAAUUAGCCUGGGGUCUCUGUUUCCUCUCUGAUCCUAUCAGUAAAGAUGACGUAGAAAAGUGCAAGCAAAAAGAUCUUCUAGAGCAGAUGAUGUCAGAAAUGAUUGGAGAGUUUCCUGACCUUCAUCGUACCAUUGUUGCCGAACGGGAUGUUUAUCUGGCCUACAUGCUGAAGCAGGCAGCAAAGCCAUUAGAACUACCUCUGGCUUUAGGACCUGAACCCAGUCAGCAAAUACCAUCUGUUGUGGUAGGAGUCGUUGGAAUGGGUCACAUACCUGGAAUUGAAAAGAACUGGAAUAAUCUACUAAAUAUUCAAGAAUUAAUGAGUGUUCCACCGCCUUCAUUAGCUGCUAAAGUGUUCAAGUUUGCAGUUAAAGCAACUCUUAUGGGACUCAUGGGUUAUGGCUGCUACCGUGUGGGAAAAGGGACCAUUCAUUUAAUAUUGUCAAGGCCAUUUAUACAGAGUUACCUCCACAAAUUUACAAAUCAAAUAUUCUGAGAGCAAAACAGUUUGAAGAUGACCUUUUACUUGGUGAUUAAAAGAAGUGCUGAUGGCAAAUAUGCAGGAAAUUUUGCAUUUCCAGUGUAUUUGUUUUAGACUUUGAAGUCAAUAACGUGAAUGAUACAUGACAUGAUGGAUGAACCUUCAUUACUUAAAAGCUGCACCACCUGGGACAAGAAGUAAUCAGUCAGAAAAUUUAUCAAUGCCAUUCUGCGUAAAAGCACCUCCCUUUUAACUCUGAGGACUCCUGUGACAUGAAUGGCUUUAUAUCAGUCAUCAAGUUACUGUAUUUUUAAUCCCAUCAAUUUUGGGGGUAGUGGGGAACUUAAAUUUACAAUAUUCAUAUUUUGAAAUAUUACAAUAGUACUAUCUAUUUUAAUUUAAUACAACAUUAAGAGACCCAUGGUUCAACUGUUGCUUUAAAAUCAUGUUCAGUGCCACUGAGAAAACCAUGUGAUUAUCUCAGAUCAUCAUUGUAACCAUUAACAUGGACAGAACUGUUUAGUAACUUUACAGACUUUGAUACGAACAUUUUGUCAUAAUGUCCAUAUGGUAAUAGCUGUGCGGUUUACAACUCAAGAUCCAAGUAGUGGGUUUUUAGAUCUCUUAAAAUAUUUGUUAUUUUUUCUUUAGAAUCUAUUGGUUCAUAAACCUUUUAUUCGGAUAGGUGAUGGAAUUCUAUUAAAACAAGUAACUAUUUAAAAUUAUUUAUGAUUCACUCAUUCAAACUAACAUGCAUUCACAAUCUUUGUUUGCCCUUUUCUCAUAAAGUAUUUCAAGCAUGGCUAAAAUUGAUUUUUUUUUUCCCGUGAUAAUCUAUUCCCCUCUUCCAUCUCUUGAUAAGACAGUGUUAAUCAGGUGUUAGAUAUCUCCAGUACUUUAGUCAGUUUUCCACAAUUCAUGUGUUAUGAGUUAUAAUGAGUUAUUUCACAAUGAGGGAUAUUGCAGACAUACCAUGGCCUUGUUAAAAAUGUAUGUUUCCACUUGAGUAUGAUAUUGUCCAGUGCAUCGAGAAACUAUUCCUGCUGCUCACCAAAAUCACAACCAACUUGCUGAGCCAUUUGAAAUUAGAAAGAUACAUAGCAGCAAGAAGGUAUGAACUGUGCUUUUGUAGCUUCUUUUCCCCCACAAACUCCCAUCCCUAUCCCAACCUUGUCACGUAAAGUAAUGUUAACAGAAUUCAUCAUAGCGAGAAAAUGCUGCCUCUGAAUAGUCAUCAAUCUAAUAGAAAGCAACAACGGUAUGAGGCUUGUAACUGAAGCAAAAGUUUUUAGGCUUUUAUGAAUUCUAUCAUGUUAUGUAAUUUCUAUUCAUGUUACCACAUAGUCAUUUGCCAUUGUCUCGGUCUGUAAACUUUACUGAAUCUUAUAGGUUACUUUUAUUCAGAAUUUGUAUCUCUGUUAAAUGUCUAUUUUCAAAUCAUCAAGGAAUGUAAAAAGUGUUACCUAAACAAUAUAAACUAUGUGCACUUUUUGUGAAUCUGCAUUGCCUUGAUAGUGCUUGCUUGGCUACUUAUAUUUUAUAUUUGUAGGACCAGUGUUACCUUCAGCAAGGAAGCACUAUCGUCAGGUUAAAUUCUGUGAUGCAGAAUGUGCAGGAAAGUGUUGAGUAAAAAGCAGUAAUUUAUUAUUUCAUAAUGGAGAUAUAAUUGCACCUUUUUCCUUUGAAUAGUAGAAUUGUGUGUAAUAUAUAUGUUUAUGACCAUACAAUUCUCUUGAAGAGAAAAAGGCUCAAUAAUCAGUUUUCUGUUAACUUUGGGUGUUUGGGAAACAAGAAAUGCAUCUUGAUGCCUUCUGUAGAUGGGUGUGAUGAGUACUACAAAGCAUCUCUGUUUGUAUCUCUGGUGCAACUAAGUUUUUUUAGCUUUUUACAAAAUUAUCAUGGAAAUGGGAGGGAGUGAAAAGGUGCAAUGAAAAACCAUGUUUGCAUCAGGAAUCUGUACUAUCUCCUACAUUAAAAUAACUACCAGAGUGCUACAUAUACAUUUCCUCUUUGUUGAUUUGAGUAAGUUGCAAAUAUCUUUACAAAAGGAAGAAAAUGCAUGCUAAACAAUGAUAAAUUAGAUUUGGAACCGAAUGCAAUGGCAGAUCCAAAUGUAAAAUCAUGGAUUACGAAAGCCUUUGAGAUGAUAUUUAUAGUUAGAGUUCUAAUAUUUAAGUUUUUUUUGUGAUUUGAGGGGCCUUUAUAAUUAUUGUCAUGCCAAUGCAGUGAAGCUACUUUCUGUAAGGCUUUGAUAGCAUUUUAGAGCAAGUGGAAUACUCUUUCCUAUUUGCUUUGUUAUAGUACCACAACCACAGCAAACUUUUUAUUAACCAGCACUUAUGAGAUCAGGAGUGUGCCUGUUGAUCAAAUAUUCUGGAUAAUCAAGAGGUAUGCAUAACUGCAGUAAACUCUGACCAAGCAAAGCUUCGAGACAUCAACAUCCCUCAAAAAAUCAUCAACAUACCUCCUAAAAUAAACAUAAAGACACAUAGUAAGUAAUAAAAAUGUAAUGCAAGGGGUAUACACGACUUUUUUAAUACAUUAUUUACAGCAUAAAUACUCAGACAUCGAAGUAGAUUGCAGUAUUUGACAUAUAUAAUUUUUGUUGGUUUAAAUCAAUAGUGUCAGUUGGUAAGGUGCCAGUUAAAACAAAGUUUGCUGUAUUUAAUAUUCUUAAUACAAUUAAAUUCAUAAAUGGGAAGUAAUUUAAAAUGUAUAAGUAGUCAAUCCCACAAAAAAGGGCCUUGCUGUUCCCACUCUAGGUUCUACAAACUAAACUAUCCGUUAAGCGGUUGGAUACAUAGCCAUAUAAUGUUUUUCAAUUUUUUUUUCCCAUAAAGACAAAACAUAUCUGCUGAAUCCCUUCACAAUUGAAGUAAUUUAAAAUGAAAUUUGAUGUUUAGUAGUGCUUGGGUACUACAAAUAAUCACACCCUUCUGCUUUGCAUAUAACUGCAAGGAAGAUUUCCCAUGGUAGUGUUUCUUUAUAGAAACAGUUUGGGGGUUUCCUUAUUUUUGAAGCUUUUUACACAAAAUAUCCACACUGUUUUUAUUACAGUAUACUGCAAUUCAGAUUCACCCUGAAAACUUACAAACUCUGCCUUACAUGAAAACUUGUUCAAAAAUAAAACUGUUACUGAGCAUUUUUUGUGAUAACAUGAGUUGCACGCAUAAGUGUGAAAGUUUGAAAGGCACAUUAUUAAUUUUACGCAAAUUUGUCUAUUACCCAUCAUAGUAAUCUUGUAAAGCAAUGUUUUCCAGUUAAAAAUAAAUGCAUUUUAUUAAAUGCAAUGUAAAGAUAAAAUGCACCUGUUAAGACUACUUACAAUCAUAUUCAGUUGUGACAAAGAUCAGUGAAUGUAGUCCAUGUAUAUAUUACACAUUAGAAUUAAUGAAAUUCAAACUCUGUUUGGGGAAGACCAAAAUCAAACAAAUACAUGGAUACAACAGCAAUGUUGAACUGGCCACUGGCUUUAGUUUUAACAGUAUUUUGGCCUGCACUUUCCAGAACAUAAAUGCUUAACACUACCUAUGAAUAAUUGAAAAUGUGAGUGUGAUGAGGUACAGCAAGACAUUGUUAAGAUCAUAAAUUCUAGCACAGCCAUUCCUGUUCCUCAGACUGUUUGCUGAAAUGCUUUUUGAUUUUGAGGUUACAUUCCCUGAAAAGGUGGCUGUUUUCAAAAUUUGUACCAAAAAUUGAUAUUUAUUGAGUGUUAUCUACUGUGUGAUGCCUUGCUGGGCUUCAAUUCAGCUUCUCAGGUAUUGUAUUUUGAUUUUAAAAAAAAAUCAGUGGUUGCAACUUCUCCUUGGUUGAACUUUGAAAUAUAAAAAGCCAUGUUUUCCAGACAGCCUGCUCCGGGGUAUGUUUUCUGUGUCAUGUGUCUCUCCAUUAUAAUGUAGAUAUCAAAAUUGAACGUUUCUUCAGAUUCUGUAGGAUUGUGCCUUUUAACAGCUAAACAUUCUGGGAUAUUACAGAUCAUAAUGAUAAUGCAAGUAUAGAAAUAAAGUUUUACAGAGAUUUUAAA